AUGAUGCCUGGAGUUUUGUCACCUCAUGCUGUGAACUGGGACCUGAUGGUACAAUCUCCAUCAGCCUACCAUCCCAGGGAACCUUAUGGUUGUGGAGGUGUAGGCAGAAGUUUCCUAAUAGAAAAUCUCCUGAGGGAUGUUGAGCAGCCUGCUAUGAAGUAUGUGCCUGUGGUUUGCAGCACUUUGCCAGGAACACUUUGUUCUGCAGCAGAACAAAUUAGCCCCUUGGGAGGUACAUAUACUUCAACAUGGGCUUUUCACCUCAUUAAUCCAUCAGAUGGGCUGCAGGUUCCCUAUCUCCAAACAGCUGAUCUCCUCCCCAACACAGGUGUUUCUAAAUACUACUGUCUACAAUCACUACCAUUCUACACAGCCUGCUGUGGUAGGUCCUGUCAGCACCCAGCCUCCCCCACUGCUUUUCCAAGAAAUGAACGUGAACUCCAUCUGCUACCAAAAGAUUCAAAUUCCAAGACAAGAAGAGUAAUCUUAAGAAGAGCUGUUUUUUCUGAUGAUCAGAGAAAGGCACUUGAGAAAAUGUUCCAAAAACAAAAGUAUAUCAGCAAGGCCGACAGGAAGAAGCUUGCCAUUAACCUUUCUCUAAAGGAGUCUCAGGUUAAAAUCUGGUUCCAGAACAGAAGAAUGAAAUGGAGAAAUUCCAAAGAAAAAGAAGUUCUCUCCAGUCACUGUUUAAGAGAAGGACAUUUUGAAAAAAAUAUCUCACAGACAUCUUCAAGUGCCCCUAUUUGUUCUAUUGAAAGUGAUCUGUCUGAUUUGCAGGACACCAACAAAACAAGAAAGGAGAAAAUAUCAAGCAGGAGAGUUAAAAUAGCAGAACAGUAUACUAAAGACUUACCUUGCCAUGGAGGCAAACAGCAAUGGCAACCCAAGACAGAUGUUUAGUUGUUCACUAUAUGUAUCAGCAUGUUUAAGACUCCCUUGACUCUGAAACAGGAAAUCAGAACUUCCAUUACUAUGUACUCCUAUAAUGACAUGGCACAUUCUACGUGUCCAUGGAGGACCAAAUAAUACUGAACUGCCAAGGGGGACCAAAUUGCACAGGAGCCCUGUGUCUGGAACUAUAUAAUGUAUAGAAGGAGAGAACAUACAGAAGACUAUAAGAAGAAAACCUAAGAAGAUAUUCACAUUUUUUAUAUUGUAAAGACUAAUCCUGCUAGCUCAGUGAAUAUUUUUGUAGUGAAGUUAUAUUAACCUCUCAUUCUAAAUGUUUUAGAAGGCAGUCUACUUUAGCAAAUGAAAUUGUUUUAUAAUGCAAUAAUACAAUUAGGAUUAUGAUUUAAAUAGCUGGAAUGAUGUGGUAGAUAAUUCUGUGGUGAAGUGCUUCACAUAAACAGCAACCCCAUAAAUGCAAUGCAUAACUAAUAUUGUAGUGAGCCACAGAACACCUCCGCAGAUCACUAUACCAAUUGGUUUUCCUUGUUCCAAUUUAGGAAUUCUCUUGCAUUUGAUAUUUGGCCAUUUACUUGUGCCAUACUCAACCAGCAGCAAAUAGGAAACAGACCUACCACUGAGCUAGGACUUUUGCUCUUCCCUUUUGCGUACCAUUCUCUGUAGCUCUGCUUACCGAACACUUGCUUCAAUGGAUGUCUUUUCUAUACCUAAGAGAAGAAUAGUGUAGUUCUUCACAUUAUAUCAUAUUGUGGAACCUUUACUAGUCAUUUGCAGUCCAGAUGUUUUUCUAAAUGUUUAUUGAACCAUAAACUCCAGACAAAUGAUUAAAAUACAGCUAUUGCCUCCCAUUCUUCUCUGCAAGGCCCCUGCCAGCUAUUUCCAGGGCAUAUGCAGCAUGUCUAAUAGGGUACAAUAAAUCCCUAUGUCACGGCUGUGUAAUGGUUUGGUGGUAGUGGACUGUGACACUUUAGCCGUGCAUGCUUGCUGCCGGUGGCAACGUGUAGAUUUAGCAUGUUUACACACUUCCCCUUUAAGGUUGUUGUCCCUUCCCAUUCUGGUGGGUAUGGGGUUAGAGUGUCAUCAAGGUGGAGCUGGGUGUGGGCUCUUAUAGUACUUGGGCUUGGAGCAUGAGGUUAGUGGGACUUCCGCUUCUUGUGGAGCUGGAGUUAUGCUGCCACCCUGGACCUUACCAUCUGUCCAGUUUGAGGGCCACCUUGUUGGACAUAGAUUGUCAUCCCUUAUGU